AUGGCCGGCGGUGCUAGGCGCCGGCUAGGUGGUGGUGGUGGUGGUGGUGGUGGUGGUGGUGCAAAGAGCGAGUGUGAGCAGGAGUUCCCCCUGGCCCAUCGAAAAGGAACCUGUGCCCCUAGCAAGAAGGGUGGAAUACCGGGGAUAUGCAUGUAUCAAGCUCGUUCCGCUAGCGCCGUCCCAAGUCCCCUUUCCCCCAUGGUUCACCAUCCCGAUCUUGAGCUCGUCAGCCGUGUUGUGGAUCGUCUGUUCCCACCCAGGGAGGCAGGGAAGAAGAAUGGAGAGACUGGAGAGGAUCCGGAGUCUAGACCAGAGGAAAGUAUUACCGUUCAAGGCCGCGACGACGUGGGCUGA